UUUAUUCUUCAAUUCUAUCAUUGUCUAUCCAUUCUAUUGUUACCCCUAAAUUCCAAUUUCAACAACCAUGCCUCCUCCCACUCAACACCAUCAUGGAAACCCCCAAUCUCAAUCUCAAUCCCAAUCCCAACCCCAACCAAAGCCCAACCCCAACCUCCUCUCCCUCCUCCUCAAACCAAUCAUCAUGCUCCUUCUCACCUCCCUGUUCUUCCUCUUCCUGGGCUUCGCCGCCUUCCUCCUCCUCCACCUCUUCCUUCUCGGCGGAGCCUUCCACCGCCUCCGAUCCCGUCCUCCCCCCGCCGCCGCCACCACUACCUCCAACGGCUUCCCCCUUCGCGACAUCAACAAACUCCCCCGCUUUCGUCUCUCCAAGGGAUCCACACCCGACUCUCAAUGCGUUGUCUGUUUGGAUCCCUUUCGCAACGGCCAGUGCUGCAGAAGACUCGCCGCCUGUGGCCACCUCUUCCACCGCAGAUGCGUCGACACGUGGCUCCUCAAGGUCGCCGCUUGUCCCACCUGCCGUACGCCUGUUCGAUUAAAUCCCCCACCUCCUCAUUCUGCCGUAGAUCAACCUGCUCAAGGUUCUCCCCAGUUUUCGACAUGCUCCAAUCCUUUAUAGCUAGUAAGUUUUCGUUUUUUAGCCUUUUCCAAAUCAUGUAUUAAC